UACAACAAAAUAUUGGAAAUGUUAAAGAAAUGAGGGAAGUUGCGGACUGUUUACAAUUAAAAGGAAUGGGAAAUGUAACACAAGGUCAAACAAUUGUUGUGAAGGUGAUCAAGACAAAUGAAUGUGAAAUACAUGCAAAUCAACUGAAGGCAACAUGGACACAGCCUACAGGAGAAACCAACAAAACUCAAGUUGAUGAAGAUGAUAAUGGAGAUUUUUUUGUGACAGGUAAAUGUACAAAUCCAGGUAUUUAUAAACUAGAUGUUAGUGCUAAUGGUGAACCAAUCAAGCAGUCACCAAUGGUAAUCAAUGUGGAGAAGGAAGGAUUAGUAAAUACCAUUAAAACACGACAUCAAGAAAACAUUAGAGAUGUAUUUAAGUGUGAAGAUGAUUGCUUGUUGGUGUCAUGUUCGAAAAAUGAAAUACUCAUGUACAAGCAAUCAGGAGAAUAUAUUGGUAACCUUACACUACCACAAGGUGUGGAAGUCUACAGAAUGUACAAAAUGAAGAAUGGAAACAUAGUAUUCAGUGAUUGGGGUAAUAACAGCAUUACAAUAUGUAAUAUGAAUGGUCAGCUGAUCAAUUCCUUUGGUAAGGAAGAAAUGAUUCCACAUGGUAUCCAUGUGGAUGAGGCAUCAAAUAUUGUGUAUGUAGGAUUUACGUCAAGUGUGUUGCUAUACAACAUUGAUAGUGAGCAGAAGAUCAUGAGCAUAGGGACUUGGGGUAAUCAAGAAGGUCAAGUCAGAGGAGUUAUUGACAUUAGCCUUACUAAUCAAAGGAAUGUUCUUGUAUUAGACUCAUGCAACAACAGAUUACAACUAUUUGAUAAUGAGGGACGGUUCAUAAAAGUACUUGUCAGAGCAGGUGAUGAAAAUGGUAAAGUGAUGAAACCACGUGGAGUAGUAGUUGAUCAGGAUGACAACAUUAUUAUAUUAAGUGAACACAAAAUACAGCUAUUUAGUAGUGAUGGAAAUUUUAUCAAAAGAAUUGAUAAAGAAGAUGGAAUCAAAGAUCCAUGGGGAAUAUCCAUCAUUUCAUAUCAUCCACGAAGAGUUGCGGUAGGAAACCGAGGUGACAAAACAAUAAAAAUAUUUAGUUAUUAAAGUAUAAUCUGUUUCCCCCCCCCUUCCCCUCCCCCAACUAUCUUUGUUGUCUGUAAGGAGUGCAUAGGAUGCGAUU